AUGAAAUAUAAUUUAAGUGAACCAUUUAGUUAUUAUGAAGAUUUAGAGUUUUCUAAAAAAGAAAACCCAAUGUUUUGGGACGAAGUUUCAAAAAAAUAUAAAAUUCAUUGGGAUAAACCUUAUGAUGAAGUAUUAAACUUUAAUAUAGAAACAAAAAAAUCUCAAUGGUUUAAAGGUGGGUUUAUUAAUGCUUGUUAUAAUGCUUUAGACAAAAAUAUUAUAAAUGGAAAAGGAAAUGAAGUCGCCUUUAUUCAUGAACUACCAAUAAAAAGUUUGAAAUUCACCAUUACAUAUCAAGAGCUAUAUGAUAAGGUUUGUAAAUUUUCAAGAUCACUUAAAAAUUUAGGGGUUAAAAAAGGAGAUGUUGUUUUGAUAUAUAUGCAUAAUUCAUUUGAGACUAUUAUCUCUAUGUUAUCAUGUGCAAGAAUUGGGGCUAUUCAUAGUGUUAUGUAUGGGGGUGCAUUAUCAGAUAAUUUAUCAAGUACAAUUACAGAUUGUAAACCCAAAAUAAUAAUUUCAUCAAGUUUUAGUUAUUUUUUAACCGAAGAACCAAAAUUCUUUUUACCCAUCCUUAAAGAAGCAUUAUGUAAAUCUCUUCACAAACCCUCAAAUGUGGUUAUUUAUAAUAGAAAGGAUAUCCCAAAUAUUGACUAUAAUGAUCACAGAUUAAAGAACUGCUUUAUUGAGGGGUCACUUGAUUGGAAUGAGAUCAUUGAAAAUGUUGAACCCUACUAUGAAUAUGAACCUGUGGAAUCCCAACACCCAUUAUAUUUAAUAUAUUCAAGUGGAACAACAAAUAAACCAAAAGGAAUUGUAAGAGAAACAGGGGGUCAUAUAGUUGCUUUAAACUAUACUACUAGAAUGAAUUAUAAAUUAGCUGAUGGUGAAACCUACUACUCUGGUGCCAGUUUCGGUUGGAUAAGUUCUCAUUCAUUUUUAAUAUAUGGAAUGUUAUUUGUUGGAGGUAAAUCUCCUUUCCUCGAAGGACCUUUUAAGAGCUUUCCUGAAGAUUUUUGGAGACUUAUUUCAAGUAAUAAAGUUAAUGUUUUUUUAAUCACACCUUUAAUUACAAGAUUAAUGAGAAAACAAGAUCCAGAAGGUAAAAUUGUUUCAAAAUUUGAUUUAUCUGCAGUAAAGUUUGUAUCAAUAUGUGGAGAAAGAGUUCAUCAAUCUAUUAUAGAUUAUUUAUUAAAAAUUACUAAAAAACCAGUUUUAAGUGAAUAUUGGCAAACUGAGAGUGGGUGGCAAAUGACUUUAAACCCUUUGGACCAAUUCCCUAUUAGAGGAGAUUCUAUCGGAAAAGCUGUAAUUGGUUAUCAAUUAAAAGUUGUUACUAAUUCUAAAACUACUCCAAACAAAGUAAUAGAGUUAGGACCAAAUGAAAUAGGUGAAAUUGUUAUUAAACUGCCUUUACCACCAUGUGCAACAAAUAGUCUGUUUGGUGAUGAUGAAAAAUCCAGUUUAUAUAAUAAACAUUAUCUAAAUAAAUAUGAAGGAUAUUUCAGUACAGGUGAUCUGGGUUACUAUGAUUUGGAUGGUUAUUAUUUUUAUGUCUCAAGAUCUGGUGAUUCAAUUACAUGCGGAAACUCAAAUAUAAACUGUGAUGUAGUGGAGUGUGAUAUAUUAAAUAACCCCCAAAUAAAUGAAUGUUGUAUUGUCGGUAUUAAAGAUGAAGUUUUAACCCAAACUCCAUUGGUUUUAUUGGUGAUAAAUAAUGAAGAGAAUAAACUUCAAAUUAUGAAUUAUGUUUCCAACCAUCUUAUAAAUAUUAUCCAUACCAAUACAGUGAUCAAACCAAUUAUUUUAUGUGUAAAUGGUUUACCAAGAAAUAGAAAUGGGAAAUUACUAAAACCACUUGUUAAAUCAAUAUUUAAUGGAGAAAACUAUGUUAUACCUCCAACAAUGGACAACUAUACUAUAAUUGAUGAGCUUUUAGAAGAAUAUAAUAAAUUAAUAAUUAAAAAUUAA